CAGGAAGUGUGGCAUUCCGCCUUCCGAACGGCAGGCCGGCCGCCAUGGAGGCCUACGAGCAGGUCCAAAGGGGUCCCCUGAAGCUGAAAGGCGUCGCAGAGCUCGGCGUGACCAAGCGGAAGAAGAAGAAGAAGGACAAAGACAAGGCGAAGCUCCUGGAAGCGAUGGGGACGAGCAAGAAGAGCGAGGAGGAGAAGCGGCGCUGCCUGGACAAGCGGACCCCGGCGCAGGCGGCCUUCGAGAAGAUGCAGGAGAAGCGGCAAAUGGAACGGAUCCUGAAGAAAGCAUCCAAAACCCACAAGCAGAGGGUGGAGGACUUCAACAGACACCUGGACACGCUCACGGAGCACUACGACAUCCCCAAAGUCAGCUGGACGAAGUAGCCCCGGCCGCGCGCGAGGGGCAGCCCUGGCGCCCCGACCCCUCUCCCCCGCGCCCCCUCCGCCUGGAACCCCAUUAAAGCGAGACCGCCCCCCACCCACGCGACUGUGCGUUCUUGGAAGGGAAACCCUGGUAGUCUGGCCCCGGGGCGCCGCGUUUGCAUCCGGAGGUCAAGGUCGCCUCCCCAGUGUCUGCCCCCCCACCCCAUGAGACGGACUCCCCAGGAGAGAGGCGCUAAGACGGCGUGGGCGGCCUUCCAGGCUCCGUGGCCUUGCAGCUCUCCGCUCAGCGCCCGGCCGCUGAGACAGCUCGGGUAGUAGAUUCACUGCUUCCGGUGAGCCUGGAGCGGGAGCCCCACUUCCGGUGAGCUGGAGGGGGAGCACUGCUUCCGGUGAGCCUGGAGCAGACACCGCUUCCGGUUAGCUGGAGGGGGAGCCCCACUUCCGGUGAGCUGCAGCAGAAACCUCUCCCGGUGAGAUGAACAGAAGCAGCACUUCCGGUGAGCAUGGAGCGGGAGCAUCACUUCCGGUGAACCUGGAGCAGAAGUAGCACUUCCGGUGAGCUGGUUCAGGAGCACUAUUUCCGGCGAACAGCAGAAACCACUUCGGUGAGCUGCAGCUGUAGCAUCACUUCCGGUGAUCCCGGAGCACCCUUCUUCUAGGCGCCUCUGAUAGGUGUCGAGUGCCCAGGCAGACGUUGCUAAUCGAUCGCGACGCUCCUCACCGUGGAAGCCUUGGAGCACUAGUCCCUGAGUGGGCAUGCGCGAGCUGUGACGCGGCGGCCGCGAUGGCUGUCGGGAGAAACAGUGUCCGGGUGGCCCAGGCGCUCGGGAGAGGGGGCCGCGCCGGGGCGAGGGGCUGUCUGUGUAAAAGCCGCGGAAUAAAGCAAAGGCGUCGCUGAA